CUGGGGAGAGGCCGCGUUGCUAAGCGCUUCACUAUCUCUGCGCGCGGGGAGGAAAGUGCUACAAGGACUGGAGUGAUAAAUAAAUGGAAGAAACCUACAUGGAAAGACUUGUUAGCGAGAGAACUACGAGUCAGCCCCGGGGAAAGUGACAGAAUUUGCUACAUCACUGUGACACCGCAGAUUGCUGGAAGGGUUAGUUUCAUUUUUCACAAGCUAAAAGAUACCAGCAAGAUCCACCAUGAGUGCCCACGAGGCAGAGGUCCAGACUCUGGCCCCAGAGAUGCCGGCCAUGUUCGAUGGGAUGAAGUUGGCCGCCGUGGCCACAGUGCUCUAUAUCAUCGUGCGCUGCCUGAACCUGAAGAGCCCCACCGCUCCGCCCGCCAUCAACUACCAGGACACGCCGCUGAGUCGCUUCCUGCUCAAGUCCUGUCCCUUGCUCACCAAGGAGUAUGUCCCCCCCCUUCUCUGGGGUAAAAGUGGCCACUUACAGACAGCCCUGUAUGGGAAGCUUGGUCGGGUCAGUUCUCCACAUCCUCACGGUCACCGCAAGUUUCUGCCCAUGCUGGAUGGGGCCACUGCCACCUUCGACCUUUUCGAACCACUGGGGGAUCACCAAACUGGAUAUGAUGUCACCAUGGUUAUAUGUCCUGGAAUUGGAAACCACAGUGAGAAGCAUUACAUCCGCACCUUUGUGGAUUACUCACAGAAGCAGGGCUAUAGGUGUGCUGUCCUGAACCACCUGGGAGCCCUGCCUGACAUCGAGCUCACCUCCCCUCGCAUGUUCACGUACGGCUGUACGUGGGAGUUCUCAGCCAUGGUGGGCUACAUUAAAAAGGCCUACCCCCACACCCGACUUAUAGUGGUGGGCUUCAGCCUGGGGGGCAACAUUGUGUGCAAGUUCCUGGGGGAAAACCCAAGCAACCAGGAGAGGGUGCUGUGCUGCGUCAGCGUGUGCCAGGGCUAUAGCGCCCUCAGGGCCCAGGAGACCUUCCUCCAGUGGGACCACUUCAGGAGGUUCUACAACUUCCUUAUGGCAGAUAACAUGAAGAAGAUCAUCCUGUCGCACAGGAAGAGCUUAUUUGGCGGGAACUCCAAGAUGGUGGACCUCAGUCGGCUGUUUACGGCCACCUCCCUGAUGCAGAUCGACGACAACAUCAUGAGAAAGUUCCACGGGCAUAGCUCACUGAAGGAGUAUUACGAGAAGGAGAGCUGCGUGCAUUACGUCCAUAAUGUCAAUGUUCCCCUCCUGCUAGUAAAUUCUGAAGAUGACCCCCUGGUUCAUCAAUCACUGUUGACCAUCCCGCACACACUCUCAGAUAAGAAGUCCAACGUGAUGUUUGUCCUGACACUGCACGGGGGCCACCUGGGCUUCUUUGAGGGGGCCGUACUCUUUCCGCAGCCCCUCACCUGGAUGGAUAAGGUCAUCGUGAGCUACGCCAACGCAAUCUGCCAAUGGGAGCGAAACAAAACGCCAUGCCAGAGCAGGGACAGCUGCCCGGAGGAGACUGAGGAGAAGGUUUAACACGCAGUCCUCCUCACUCCUCCACACUGCUCCUGUGUCCUACUCACACCAUGGACUUCUCUCAAGAUAAAGCCAAUCCACUUCACUGAUUACCAGGAGUGGCUCCUCUCUUCUGGGACCCUUGCACUUACUCUCAACUGCUAGUGUUCCCUGAGUAAUCUGGAGAAGGAUACCUAUGGUGUGUCCAUCUGAAAUCGUGGUAAACAGAAUGAAGGAAGUGUCUGGCUUUGUCUUUUUCACUGUUAUACCUCCAGGUUUUUGCCCCCGCCCCCUUUUCCCAAAGAAAGUCGAGCAAUGUUGGGAUUUCAGGGUUAGGACUCUGGUCCCCUGAGACUUGCACCUACUGAGCCCCCCGUCCUCUUACCUUCUCUACAAGGCCGAAGAUAUGCGGUACACCAUGGACGUACACUCUGGGUAAAAUGCUCCUCCAUUGUAAACGUUGACGUAAACAUUGACGUAAAUGUUAAAUGAAUGAAGCAGUGUUGACUAGCACGCGAGAAUAUAUUCAGGUGAUGUUUCGACUUCCUGCUUGUUCCAGCGUGUUGAGAUGCAUAUACUUCUUCCACAGUUCGGUCCAGGCCUCAGCUGCCUUCUCUGAACGGUUAUCUCUUCUCUUGAUGGGCCUUAUCUCAGGAGUGCUCACUGAAAUGGUGGUGAGAAGUAACUGUGGAAGAUCACGUCCGGACCACCAGUAAGAAACGCGGCUCUCUUAGAGGCCCAAUACUCCUCCAUUUCCUCAAAGCAACCAUGUCUUCACUUGAGGCCAAAUGACAGCUUACCUGUAUAAUUCCUCGGCACUUUACACCGUCAGUCCUCGUCUCCUCGUGAAGUGGGCAUUUCUGCUUUGGAAGCCAUUCUCUAGCUGAGCAAGGCUCGAUCCAUGACCAAAAGAAGAGCCUCAGAACUUUAGCCCUGAGUUUCUGCAAGCCCCUGGUCUGCCCUGCAUGGUGACGAGCUCCUGGUAUACUCAGAUGUAUGAUCUGUACUGUACUUUUGGAAGCCCUGAGUGCCUGUAUAUCCCUGUUUGAGCUCUAAGUGAGUGCAGACCUCUGGUCCAUGCUGCAUUGUGAAGAUCUCAGUGUCUUUAGAUGAAAAAGUAAUGCUGAUAUGCCGUGUGACCCCUGCCUGGUAGUGUUUAUAUAUUAGUGUUCAGUAAGUGAUGUUUCGAAGCCCAGCCUGGCUGUGUGACCAUGUGUCUCAAAUGGAGUACAAUGAGAAUGAGGAGCACUGGAUGACCUAAAGGGGCUUCCCAGAAUUCCCCUCUGUUUGGUUACCAUUUCUAGCUUUAGCUUGUCAUUCCCAUCAUCCAUUGUGUACAUGUUCACUUUCUCAAUGCGGUGUGUUCCAAACCUCGGCAUUCCACGCUCCAGUCUGUGCCAGUGCGGUACUCAAGCCAAAGUCCAUGGCGUGUUCUCGGCUCUCGGCUGAAUCACGGGAGGGCGUCUUUCUGUGCUGCGGGUUGUUUUUUUUUUAGGCAGUGGGUUCCAUCUUCUCUUGGAGAAGAUCCACAGCCAGACAGCUACAUCAUUAGAAGGAAUUCCUGGGAAACCAGAGCAUGGUGCUCUUUCUUUUUUAUCCCCACCAUUUCUUAGUUUCCAGUUGUGGGGUAAACGUAAAUCCCCCUGCUAUAUACUCCCAGUGUAGACCAGAUAAACUUUCUGUGAUGUUACUACAUCAGUUCUCUUUCAGUCCUGCCCACCUGUAUGUGAUUGAGCUUUUACAGGGUUCAAUGAAUCGUUGUGGCCUGUGUCAACUUUAACUUGGUUUACCAUCAUGAGUUUGCCCUGUAACUGGAGAUGGUAAGAUUUCCUGCUCAGCCAAUGAUGUUAGUAAAACUUAGUGUGAAUCUUAUUACAUAUGACAGUUUAGAAUUAUUUUGAAUCCUUGGUGAGUUGUGAGGGAAAUCAGGCUUUUCUAGCUGUUACACCCUUUUUCUGGGCAUCUUCCUAAGCAGCAACUGAACGACAGCCCUAUGUACCUUUAGUAAUGGCUCCCUCUGCUGGUUAGGAGACUCGUGUUCCAUAAUGUCACAGAUAUGGAGAAUUCCCUCUGCUGCUUAUACAGGUGUAGAAAGCUCCCCCUGCUGGCCAGCCUCACUCACAGAAGUACAGAGAGGGAGCAAAAGCGUCACCUACAUGAGAGUGGAACAGCCCUUCAUCAACAAAGACUACCUGCAUAAGCUGACGGAAGACCAGGACUCAGCAUUGCACAAUCUCCACUAGCCUAUUAUAGGCUUUAACACCAAAGUGUCAUCUUAUAGCAUUGAAAUGCCAAUAGUCAUUGUACUGCAAGUAGAAAAGUCCAAUCUGCUAACCAAAAGGCUGACAGAUGGAAUUGGACCACUGCUGCAGAAAGAGCUGGAAAAAAAAACUUUUUGAGAUGCAGUGAGAUCGGCCUGCUUCACCAGGCCCUGCUCAGAUACUUAUUGCUUUUCUAGACUUUCCACAUUGUUGCAGGUUCUGAAUGGUUCUCUGCAUUAGACAAGGCCAAAUGUAAUUAAACAAAGUAAUUGGUAUAAUUAUUAUUUUGUAUCUUUUUUGUUAAGGUUUUUAAAUUGAUUUAUUGAAUGUAUGUAGAGUCAGUGUGAGUAUGACUGUACAUGCACUUGUCUGGUGUUUGUUUUGGACCUUCGGUUAAUCCUCAGUGAAUGGUAACGAGGGGCCAAACACAAGACAAAGAACAAAGGGCAGUGGUCCAUAUAUGGGGGGGGGGUCGCAGGGGGGUGGGAAGGUGUCACUGUGAAGCCUCCAGAACAUAUCAGAUGUGUAAUAGAUGACUAAGAAUGAGUGACAGUUAGUUAUGACUUAAAGCUGUUUAAAUCCUUGUUGUUGUUGUUGUUACUAUUAUUAUUGUUAUUAUAAUUAUUCAUUUUUAGUGGGGGUGGAAGGCCCUUUACAUCGUGUGUAAUUUCAUCACACUGUUGUCCAUUAGGGUUAGCCGAUUGACUCGAUGUGAUUGUGACACAUUACAAAUCAUCAGUGUCACUGGUAACAAAGAAAAAAAAAUGGCCAGGUUUUUAAAGGGAAAGAACUGGGCUGUCAGCCUCUGGGAAUUUCCGCCCUCUGUCUUUUUGCUUUCAGUAUCCUGUCCGACUUGACUUGCUUUGAUGAAGAACCCACCGGUGUGUAAGUACAGAAGGCUUCACUCGCUCACUUGUAAAAAUGUAACUUGACGUUCUGUUGUAGGUGCAUUGCAGCUCACUUGUGUAUUUUUGUUGAACAGAAUGUUUUGGUGUGUGUUGUGAGUAUUAAAAGUACAGUUCUGUUGAAGAAUAAAUUAUUUUUUUGUAAACAG